AUGCAUGAUGAAAUGAUACUAUCCUUAAUAGAAAGAAUAGGGUUAAAGUUACCAUGUAAUAGCGGUAAAAAGCUAGAUACUUUAGAAGCAGAUAGUCUAGUUCAACAUAUAGUAAAUGCUAUUGUUGAUUUAUCGCGAUAUAAACUUGCAACAAUUGUACAAAAUUUGUCAAGACUCUUGGAAAAUAUUUCAGAGUCUACUCCAACGGCGUUUGAAGAAAAUCCAACUGUGGAUAAAUUACAAUCCCAGUUAUUUAUCUUAAAGAUACUCUCUGCGUGCAUGUUUGCUUAUUGGAAGUAUUAUAAAGGAAUGCAGAUGGAAGUAUCAUCGAAAAUAAUUUCUGAAUCACAUGAAGAACCAUCAAAUCAAUCAAAAUUACCAAAAUCGUGGGAUGACCCGCCAACUUUAGAUGAAAAGUUGGCGAAAGCCAUUCUCAAGGUUUUAUCAAGAUUUCUUUUUCUGAUGGAAUCUCAAGAGGAUAAUAAUCCCAGUAUUCCAGUUGGACCAAGUGGUGGUAAAGGAGAGCCAUCUAUUCAUAAUAUCAAUUCUCAGGCUGCUUGGUCUCCAGCCAUAUACGACCUAGUUAGCGAUAUAUUUAAACACGCCGGACGCGUAAUAUUCUUUAUUUCUGCAUCAAAUUGGGAGGUUGUUUUUGCAAGGAUUAGGGUUCGAAUUGCCUUUUUAUCUUCUACAGAUGAUGAAUGGCCCGAUGUAAGUGAAUUAAAAUUGUUGGAAUGUUCGGACCUGGAUUCGAACAGGCUAUCAAUGGUAUUACAAGAACUAUGUAAUUCUUUUAAGCAUUUGAAAAGGAAUGCCCAAAUAUCAAUGGCAGUUGUACUUCGCAAAGCAAUUUGGAAUUGGAUAGAAGUCUUUACGUCCGAGUUUGUUACUUUAUGUCAAUCACAAACAAGCAUGGAUGGUGCAUCAAGUCUUUUUGAUAUUAUUGCUAAAAAAGAUAAGAGUUUAUUUUGGCCUGUUCAAACUAUGUUGUUGAUCCUUUGUCCUGAACGGUUAAUGUGUGCCAUUAAAUCUGAUAAAUCCUCAAAACAAUCCGUUCUUAAGGUACAAUUUUUUGAGACUCUUAAAAAAUCUUUAAGGAAUAGAAAUGCAGAAGUUGCAGCAGUAUGUUAUGUAGAUAUAUUCAAAGCUUCCACCUAUGUAAAGAAUGAAGCAUCUGCACUUCGUUUGAUAGUACCGGAUAUAGAAAACGAAUUAAAAGAAACGCUUUUUGAUCCAAACAGACCAUUCCCCAAUGAACAGAAUGUUGAUCAAAAACUUAUGACAGAUUGCCUUACGGCUUUAUUUAGAAUAAGCCCUGAAAAUACUUUGCGUUCAUUAAUUCCUACCUUUGUUCAUGAAAACGUACCAAACGCUUUUAAAUUGGUUCUUGUGAAAAGCUGUUAUUCUAUCGCAUCAGAGGAAUCGCGAUUUCCUUGGAGUCCCAAAAUUAAAUCUAUGUAUCCCUUUUUGGCAGACCCACUUCGUAAGUUAUUUCUAGAUCUCAUUAGUGCUCGAACUGUACCUUCAGAUAUUACUAAGCGCCAAAAGAGGGGUUAUGAAGAAUAUCAAGAGAGAUCAGAUAUUAUUUUAAACAUAUUAAAAUUAUAUAGGACUGAACCAUAUCUCGCGAUUGUGCAGGAAAAGGAUGGGCAAGCAGUUAACAAUCAAUCUAUUAUACUUGGGAUCAUGAAGUGUUUAAUUGAUAACAAUGAUAAAAUUAAGACUACCGCAGCUGAGACUUUGUUAGAACUUCACACAGUUGAUCUUAUAAAUUUAUGGGGGCCUGGAGAAAAUAAAAUGCACAAUUUUUGGUGUAUAAGUUCACAAAUAACUUGUGCCAUCGCAAAGCAAAUUAUAGGAAUGAAAAAUAAUGAUGCAAUCAAAUAUAUGUUGGAAAUACUGCUUCAACUUUUAGUUCGACGUAAUGAAUUUCUAAGAGCUCACAAAGACGAGCUAAUUACUCCAAUAAAUAUUCCAGAUCGAUUAUCUUCAAAUAUAUCACUUGAAGUUACUUUGUUGGUCUCCUUAUGUUCUUCUGAAAUUGAAAUAUGUUCUAUGUCAAUUAACUGUUUUGCUCAGUUAUGUCAAGAAGCACAAAUUACAACCGAAAAUUUUGCAAUCGAUGUGGACGUACCACAAGAAUUGCCAAUAUCUCCUCAAAUUACAAUUGUUGAUAAUUGGAAUGUUUAUACAGAAUUAUCAACUUCACCUUAUAUAGUUCCUGGUCGGAUGUCACAACAAAGGCGUAUUCGUAAAUUAUUACGCCUGAUGACUCGCCCUACAGCUGGCAAUUUUGGAGCAUGGGAAGAAGCGUGGAACAGAUGGAGGGAUCUUACAGAGAUAAUUGCAAAGCCAUCAGAAGAGUCAAUUCCAUUAAGUCCAAUACCACCGAAAAAAGGUAUAUAUGGACUUUUUCCCGGUCCAAAUCGGACUUCACCCGUUGCCCCGGUUCCUGAUAUUAGCGAGUCGCAAUCUGUAGAAUGGCAUAAUUAUACAGGAUUCCUUGCCGCAUUGGGAGGUUGUUGUAUUAUUGAAAAGACAAGCUCUGAGCGAACUUUAGGGACUUCUAAUCGAAUAAUAUCUAUUCCACCAAGUUCUGAUUGUAUGGCAAAGGUCGAAAAAUUUGUUCAAGAAAUGGUUAGUUUACUGGUUAGCGGUACAAUUUUUGUUCGAGAAACCGUGAAAGAUACACUUGGAAAUGAAUUGAGUCCGAGAUUAUAUGUUAUUCUUUUCAGUCAUUUGGAAUCGAUCGUUUCUCGAUUCUUUGAUAAAGAUGGAGAAGCCACUCCUAAUGAAAGAUACACGCUCUUUAUUGAACAAGCAAUAUCAGUUUUAAAACUGAUAUUAGAACGAAUUUACGAUGUAUCCGACAAUUUAUACUCGUGUGAUCUUGGUGGACUUGUUCUUUCAUUUGCUCGUUAUCUAAAUAGGUUAAACACGAGUAACACUUCUCUUCGUAUAAAAAAGAAAAUGUGUGUACUUGCGGAACUUUUGAUGUUGAAGAAAGAAUACGUUAACCUUCGUCAGGAGAUUAAGUUGCGCAACAAAUUAAUAGAAAUAAUAAUGGAGUGGACUUCUGACUCUUCAAUGAGAUCUGACAGUUCAAAUUAUUUAGAAAAUAAUUUUACUCCUAAUAAUAAAAGUGAAAGAAGCGAAAAAUUGCACAGAGAUUUGGAUCAAGGGUGCUUAAAAACAAUUGUAGCUCUUUUGAACCAGUUGCCAUUACAGCCUUCUGAAACCCCUCACGAAUCAGAAAUCAGUUCGAUAAAGUCGAAAAUGUUUUAUAAAUACUUUUCGUUUUUUAUCAAACUGUUGAACAGGUGUAGAAUUUUAGAGGCAAUUGAUAGCGGAACACAUUCUGCUAAAAAUAACCAAGAUCUACAAAUGUUGUUAUCAAAGGAUUAUACUAUUUUAGCAUUAAGUAAUCUUCUGAGUGCAAAUGUGGAUUCGGGUCUUAGAUUUUCACUCUCCAUGGGAUACCAUGAAGAUUCAAAAACCAGGACUGCUUUCAUGCAAGUUCUUACCAACAUUCUUAAUCAAGGAGCUGAAUUUGAGGGAUUGGAUGAGAAUGCUAUGAAAGAAAGAUACAAUAGAUUGGUUGAGGUUGUCACAAAUUCAGACCUUGAUAUUGCACUUUCUCUGUGUGAAGUUUGUCACUGUUCUGAACAAGACGAAUCAACUAAAGUCUUGUUAUCAGUAUUUGAUUCACAAAAUAAGUUAUAUCCUUUCUUAAAAGUUCUGUUUGAUAAUGAAGUAAAUAAAACAGAUUAUGAAGUCGAUCUAUUUAGAAAAACUAGUUGGGCAACAAGAUUUUUAGCAUAUUUUGCUAAAGUUCAUGGAAUUGAAUAUUUACGCGAAACGCUUCAACCAGUUUUAAAUGAUCUUCUUGAAAAACCACCAGAAUAUAGCUGUGAAAUUUAUAAAGAUAGAAUGUCCGCAGGGGAAAAUGUCGAAGAAAAUUUGAAAAAUCUUCAAGAGCUUGCAGAAGCUUUUAUAAAUGCAAUUUGCGGUUCUAGCGAAAAAAUUCCUAGAUCCUUCCGUUAUGUAUGUCACUAUCUUGCUAAAUCUGUCGAAGUAAAAUAUCCAGAAUCAAAACAUAGAAUAGUUGGGUCUUUUAUAUUUUUAAGGUUCUUUAACCCAACUUUAGUUGCUCCGGAUAAUAUAAACCUUUGUAAGCCCAUUGAAAGUAUAAAAAUCAAAAGAGCACUUUUGUUGGUUACCAAGAUCGUUCAAAAUCUUGCGAACGAUAUAAGAUUUGUGGCACCCUAUAUGAUGAUUAUGAAUGUCUUUUUAGAAAAACAUAUUAAAAAGAUGAAUAAUUUCUUAGAAGAAAUUUCUCAAUUGCCUUAUUCUACACCAACAACUGAAUUAAAAGUUUCGGAUGUUAAUCCAUGCAGAUUAGAUGAAAAUGACAAAAAAGCUUUGCAUAAGCUUUUGCAUAAUAAUCACGAAAAGAUGGCGAGAGAAUUUUCAUCACGCAGAGUUAAAUAUAGUUUAUUUGGAAUUUCAAUUGACUCCGAACAAGCUCAAGCUAAUAAAAUGGCUUGGGAAAAACUUGGGAAAUUAUUAGCUCAAUUAGGGCCACCAGCAGAACAACCAAGGAAAGAGUCCAUUUAUGUUAACACACCUUAUCAUGACACAACAAAUCAUUUUUUUGGUGAAUUUAUGAGAAGGAAUAGAGGUCGUAAUUUGGAAUCGAUCGCAGAAAAGAGAAUAUUUUACGAAAGUGGUGUCUCAAGGACAAUAGAAUUUAGAAUGGGACAACCAUUCGAAGUGGUUGUUGAUUUAACUCAAUUUGGUCCUAACAACGAAGUACAAUCUCAAUGGGUUCAACAAUUCAUCCAAAUCCUACCGUUUGACAUUCAAGAAAAUCUUGCGAAAUUGUAUUUUUAUAAUACCAAUACCACCUUUAAGAAAUUUGUAAAGAAAUUAUCUCGGCCAUUAUCCCCUAAAAUCACCAAGAAAACUUUAUUUUGUUGUAACCUAACCGAACUUCAUGAAUACAUUGCUCCAGGGGAAAUCGGCUUACCUAGGUCCACAACAAUAUUGGACACUGAAAAUAAUAGUAUUAUUCACACACCUGUGACUAAAAUUUCGCAUUAUAGAAUGCAUAUUGCUGUCGCAAUAAAAAUCAGUAACGAAUUUAUUCAAAUCCUAACGCUAAAAAGACAAGAUUUGUUCUAUGGACUGAAUUGCCAAUUAAAUGAUGUUUAUCAUAUAUCGGAUAUCGAGGAUAUAACUAGCUCCACUCAUAGGAAUGAUGAUAACGAAUUUUUCAUCAAGCAAGAUCGUGGAAGACCUACAUACGUUUUUUCGAGUCCAAAGCGAGAUGCUAUUAUGAGUGCAAUAAGAUCAUUAAAGGCGCGGUAUCAAAUAGCACAACCAGUUAGCGUGACGGCAAGAACUAUAAGUCCAAGUGGUGUGCCUGGCCUGUGUAUACCCGCGAACAAUAGUACGUUUAUCGUACAAUUGAGUGAAAGGCUAGCCGUUUCUGAGACUGGUCUGACACUAGAAUUCCUGACGGAAUUCUUUGUUGGAUUUUAUAAAUCCAAUACACCACAGAAACAUUUAUGCCUCCAAUACAUGGCACCAUGGCUUCCGAAUUUAGCUCUAUAUUAUAGACAUGGAUCUGAACACCAACCGCAUCUUAAUAAGACGCGGGAAAUUAUUAGACAUUUGAUUUUCAUGACAACUAAAGAGCCGGAGUUAUACACCGCAAUACAAUCAAGAGUGUGGUCCACCCUUAAAGGAGUUGAUGAGAUAACAAAUCUGAUAAUUGACGAAUUCGUGGAAUAUUCUGUAAAUAACGGUAUCAGUUCACCUUCGUCCGAAAUUGUUGCAAACACGGUUGUAACACUUUCUUCUGUAAAUUUUCGCGGUAAAAUCAUUGCAAGGCUUCGUAGGGUUAUUGCUCUAACUUCAUCGAACCCAACAAGAACUCUCACAGAAAAUGUAGCGUGGCCGGAAAUUGCAGUCUUAAUAAGGUUCAACCUUAUGCUCUCGUUUAACAACCGAGUACAUAUCCAACCUUACCUGCCUGAAUUAUUCCAUAUAAUAACAACACUUAUUUCAACUGGCCCAUCAUUUAUCAGAGCUUCAGUUCAUGGGUUGAUAGUGAAUUUGAUACAGAGUCUUUGUACUGCACAACCCCUUGAUCCAUCAAAUUUGACAAGGUUAAACCUAUUAUUAACGGAAUUAUCAGAACCAAAUUUCAAAUUAUUUUUUGGAUUAAAUAAGAUACCAGAGAACGCUUUUGAAAUAACGGUAGACUCCGUUGCUAAUUUACCAGAUAAUAUGCCUCUCAGCUCUCUGGAAACUAUUGUUCAGGCUCUUUUAGAAGUCAUGAUUUGUGGUGCUCCUUCUGUUGAUGUGUCAAAUACAUGGAAAGCUCGUUGGAUGGGACUAGUCGCGAGUACAGCCUUUCAACAUAAUCCAGCAAUACAACCAAGAGCGUUUGUUGCGUUAGGUUGUUUGGCAUGCGAAGAAGUUGACGAUGAUCUCCUAUAUCAAAUAUUAGUGGCAUUAAGGGGAGCAUUAGAUAAUUUUUCUGAAAAUGAUUGCUCAUUAAUUCAGAGUAUAAUAAUGUGUUUAACGAAGAUAGUUGAAAAAUUAUCAAGAGAAUCACGAUACCUUCGACCAAUGUUUUGGUUAACUAUGGCACUUAUUCAAAUUGGACACAUUCCAAUAUUUCAAAGUGCUGUUAAUUUACUACAUGUGGUAUUGAGAGCUUUGGAGGCACAGAACUUCUUUGUUGAGAAUGAUCUUGUACCAUUCUUAUUAAGUUCAAGAAUACCUUUAGAAAAAGUAACAACGGUAAUGGAUAUAGAAGCGGGGAUUAAUUAUUCGCAUUUUUCAUUUGCAAUUGCUGCAGUUUUAUUAAAAGGAUUAAAAAACCCUUUAACAAAGACUUCAACUCAGGCAGCUUUACUAGCAUUUUUAAAUAUAGCAGCAAAAGGUGUUAAUCCUAAAAAUAAUAUAAUUAGUUCAAGUAUGCUAGGAUAUUUAGCAGCUCUAUUACCAAUUUCAGCAAAAGAUGCUGAUAUGAAAGGAUUACUUGGACUAAGUGGAAUAUCGGAUAUUGAUGUUGAUGAUACAGAACUCCAAACAACAUAUUUUAAUAUAUUUGAAAGACUUGAGAUUCCGGAUAAUCGAACCGCUUUGCUUUUAAUCUCUUUAAUGGUUACAAUGUUACAUCAUGCUGAAAGUGAAGCUGAAAGAUUAUUUUUGUAUGGAUUUUUAGCAGAAGCGGCGAAAAUUGUUCCGGAGUCAUUCGCUUUAGUGGCAAAUGAUAAUCAAUCUUCUUAUUUAUCAGAAAUUGGAUUUAGUCAUUUAAUGGAUUGUGGAUCCUUUCAAAAUGUAACAAAGGAGAAAAAGGCCACUAAUGCUAGGUUAUCUA